AUGUCUAGGCUCAGCGGCAAAGUAGCCAUCGUAACUGGCGGAGGGUCAGGCUUUGGUGCAGGCAUUGUCGCCAAAUUUGUGUCGGAAGGGUGCAUGGUGGUGGUCGCUGUCUUGGACACCGCUCUGGUCAACUUCGGAAGCCUGGACAUUGUGGUGAACAAUGCCGGGGUACUUCACACUGCACAACCAUCCGUCGACAUCAACGAGGAGGAAUACGAUCGCAUCAUGAAAGUCAACGUCAAGCAACUUCUCUGGAGUACCAAAGUAGUAGUCCCAUACUUGAUUAAAAAUGGAAAGCCUGGAGCCUUUGUCAAUGUGUCAAGUAUGAGUGGGGUGCGGCCAAGGCCCAACCUGGUAUGGUACGCGGCAAGUAAAGGUGCCGUCAAUUCGGCUACCAAAGGCCUCGCCGCUGAAUUUGCAAUAGCUAAAAUCAGGUUCAAUGCGAUUUUGCCAGCUGUGGGAGAAACCAAUAUGUAUUUGUUCUACGAGUGGGCCGAGGAAAAACGAACAUCUCCAAUGCUAACUCUAAAGAGGACGCCUCUAUUCUUGGGAUAUGAUGACAGCCCGGAAGCGUGGGGAAAGAUGAUUAGUUUGAUUCCUCCGAUUGGAAUCUUUCCCGCCUCUGGUGGCAUUGGGGGCGGUACUGUCAAGCAUAUUUUGGCACGCGUUCCUCCAGCUGAUCUUGUCCUUAUCGCCCGCCAGCCUGAUAAGCUUAAUUCUGCCAAAGCCCUCGGAGCCCAAGUCCGUCAAGCUGAUUAUGACGAUGAUUCUGCACUGCAGAGCGUAUUUAACGGCAUCAGUAUCUCAGCUGACUCAAAGAACUACAAGCGCCACAAAGCUGCGAUAGAUUCUGCCAUACAGAGUGGGGUCAAGUACAUCUUCUACGGAUCUCUAGGCUUCGCUGGAUCACCAGACAGCAAAGAAAGCGUGGCACACGUCAUGCAAGCACAUCUCGAUACUGAGAAGUAUUUGGAGAAAUGUCGACAAAACCACGCUGGUUUCGCCUAUACCAUCGUGCGCGAGGGCCUGUACUCCGAAUCAUACCCCCUGUACACUGCCUUCUUUGACCCUGCGCAGCCUCGAAAGGAGGUCAAGAUUCCCCACGAUGGGUCGGGGCCUGGUGUUGCGUGGGUUAAAAGGGAGGAGCUCGGAGAGGGCACAGCCGAGCUCAUCUCGCGGCUUGUCAAGCAGCCAGCAGAGUUCCAGUGGCAAAACAAGACUGUGCUUCUGUCCGGACAGAAUACAUUAACUUUGGCAGAGACGGUCAAGAUCCUUGGCGAGAUCGCAAAGGUCACUGUUCAAAUCAUGCAGGUUUCUGACGACGAAUUCGCGACACAGCCCGAUGUUUUCCCCAACUUUACCUAUCACGGCGUUGAUCUUUCUAAGCCUUGGGCAACGGCUUUUGAGGCUUUCAGGCGAGGCGAAGGAGCGUAUGUCUCUCCACUUCUGAAGGAGCUGUUGGGAAGGGAGCCUGAAGAUUUUAAGACUACUAUCCAGAGUUUCGUAUAA